GAGAGCACAGGCUGAAUUGUGAGUGGCUUACGACACUCAGUGAACAGAAGGUGCUCCUGCAUGCUAUGCCAGCACACUAGCCUGCUUGCACGGCACCACACUCCGCUCUCCUCUCCUCUCCUCUCCUUUCCUCUCCUCCGCACACUACGCCCCAGCCGCACCACUGUCUGCCUCAGUUCUCAGCAACAGCCUCCAGAGCCGGGAACAGACCAGAUGCGUGUUGCUCCAUCAGCAGCACGGCCAGCACCAGAGGGGCUUGACUGACCACAUAUUCAAUCCUCAAACUGAAUUUGGGAUACUAAAAAAACGGCUGGUAAUCAGUGAUAACGAACAGAGAGUGUAGGGGGAGAAAAAAAGAGUGUGAGAGAAAAAAAAAGGAACCAAGGAGAUCAAAGACCCUUGUUGAAUCGAGGCUCUCUGAAUGCAUUUUUUUCUCCUCAAGACUGAGAAUGCAAUGACCCGCCUCACUGGAUUAAACAUCGCAGUCACUGCAGAGGAUCGGAGAGAGGAGGAGGACAACGCUCAUGCAUGCAGCUAAGGGGAACUUGCACUUCCUACCAGUUUACUGAAAGCUACUUGGACUCCGUCGCUUUCUGCUUCUUUCACUCGAGGAGAACUAAGACAUUGUAAGUCUGCCAGGAUCUGCUGUCCGCUGAAAAAAGGGAGGGGGAGUCGAAUUUGUUCCACACUGGGGUCUUUUUAAAAUUCGCACAUAAUUAGUGUCUGCACAAAGGAAGCCGCUGAAUAGGGGUUGUCAGCCUCUGGAAUAAGGGUGAGUAGGAAUCCUUUUAUAUGAGAUUGUUUCCUGAAGAAUACUUUUUUUUUAGAAAAAAAUCCCCACCGCUCCCCCUCCUCCUUGCCACCUCUUCACUCGCAUCUAACAUGAGCAAAGUGACUUGUCCUCUGUCUCUCUUAAUUCCUAUCGUUCGGAGGGGGCAGGAUUGCUCCUGUCAGUAAAGCACCAUCAGUCACACCAAAAAUCUAUCAAAAAUAGGGGGCAACAAGGAGAGAGCGUUCUGGCCUGGGGAGCUUACAAAUCAUGACGCACAAAACGAUACAAAUCUGAGACGUUUUCAAUGGACUUUGUCUGGGAUAUAUCUCAGGAUAUUCAUGCUAAUGGAUUUCCUUCUAAUUGGUCUGUACCUAAAGUGGCCGUUGAGGAAGCCCCCCGGGUUGCUACUGUGCUCGCUGGGUAUUUUUCUGAAAAUGGUUCCCUUGGUGGAGGGCUCUUGUCCGCGGCUGUGUCGCUGCGACAACAAACUCAUCUACUGCGAGGGGCUUAACCUGACGGAGAUCCCCCGCAACCUGAGCAGCGCUGUUGGCUUGUCCCUGCGGGAGAACAACAUAUCUGAGCUGCGGGAAGCCAACUUUGUCGGCCUGUCGCAGCUCACCUGGCUCUACCUGGAUCACAACGGCAUCCAGCUGGUCGAGGAGAAUGCCUUCGAGCGGCUGCGUCGCAUCAAGGAGCUGGACCUAAGCACCAACCGGAUUGAGAGCCUGGCGAAUGGCACGUUCAAACCUCUGCCCAACCUGCGCAUCCUGGAUUUAUCCUACAACAGGCUGCAGGAGCUGGAGCCUGACCUUUUCCAUGGCCUUAGGAAGCUAACCAAUUUGCAUCUGCGCUACAAUGCCCUCAAGUUUGUCCCUGUGAGGAUCUUCCAGGACUGCAGAAGCAUGCAGUUCUUGGAUCUGGGCUACAACCAGCUGCAGAGCCUGGCACGCAACUCGUUCGCCGGGCUGUUCAAACUGACUGAGCUGCAUCUGGAGCACAAUGAACUGGUGAAAAUCAACCUGGCCCACUUUCCUCGACUCAUCUCCCUGCGCACACUCUACAUGCGCAACAACAAGGCCACCAUUGUGGUCAACACUCUUGACUGGACCUGGCACUUCUUGGAGAAGAUCGAUUUCGCCGGCAACGAGAUUGAGUACAUUGAGCCGCACGUGUUCGAGAGCGUUCCCAACCUGAAAACACUCAUGCUGGACGCCAACAAGCUCGCCUACUUGGACCAGCGGAUCCUGGACUCGUGGGGCUCGCUGGACAGUAUCAUGCUCUCGGGGAACGAGUGGGAAUGCAGUCGCAACGUCUGCGCCCUGGCCUCCUGGCUCAGCAGCUUCCGGGGUCAGCGCGACAGCGCCUUGCUCUGCUCCAGCCCGGACAUCGCCCAGGGCGAGGACAUCCUGGACGCCGUCUACGCCUUCCAGCUCUGCGAGGAAGGCGCCGACAGCACCACCCAGACCUUCACCAUCACCCGCGGCGACCGGGCCGGUCCGGGCUACAUCUACGAAGGCCCGACCCGCAGCACGUACAACCUCCAGGAGACGGAGGGCGGUGGCGUGGUGACCGGCACCUUCACUGUCACCCCGCCAGCCGAGGACCUGGACAGCACCAUGCAGAUCCAGAAGGUGGUGACAGGCACCAUGGCCCUGAUCUUCUCAUUCCUCAUCGUGGUGCUCAUGCUCUACGUCUCCUGGAAGUGUUUCCCGGCCGGCGUGAGGCAGCUCCGCCAGUGCUUCACCAGCCAGCGCCGCAAGCAGAAGCAGAAGCAGACCAUGCAACAGAUGGCCACCAUGUCCACACCGGAGUACUACGUCGACUACAAGCCCAACCACAUCGAGGGGGCCCUGGUCAUCAUCAACGAGUAUGGCACCUGCACCUGCCAGCAGCAACCCUCGCGGGAGUGCGAGGUGUGAUGCGGCCGGCGGGCCCUCCGAGGGAGCACUGGAGGUUUUUGGUUCCCCUUUCUCCCACUGGGGGGGGGGGUGGGUGAGUUUCACUGGAUUGAUGUAGCUUGGACAAAUCAGACAGCGCACUGCACCACGCUGCACUUGGCUGGAACAAAAGGAUUGAUGGAUGAAUGGAUGGAUGGAUGGAUGGCUAACUGGAGAAGAAGAAUGGGGGUGUGGUGGCUGGAAAGUGGCAGCUCCUUGAGACUGAGAGACGGUGGAUUUUACUGCUGACUUGUGAUCAGUCUCUGCCUACUGAAGGACCUGUUGACUUGACGCAAAACAAAGCUUUGUGGAAUUACGCCGUGGUGGAGAGGAUAUUUCAGCUUUAAUGUGUCUUUCUAAUUCAGGAUAUUCUAAAAAAACAACAACAACAUUCUGACAAAAAAAAAAAUAACUGGGGACAUCCAGAUGAAAAAACACUGUUUUUAUUGUAUUAAUGACAAGGAAAGGGGGGGGGGGGGGGGGGGGGGGGUGGAGAAUAUAAAAAAAAUCAAGUGAGGAGAUUUGAAAAGAAUAAAAAAAGAACAAAAACACAGAGUCUGUAUAAAAUAUGUUAUAAAAGCAGAAAUGCAAGAGUGGGGGAAAUGCAAGAAGCUAUCCUAUUUGUUUUGUAAACUAAAAAAAAUGAUGAUGUUUAAAUAAAUGAAUUGCUAUUCACCAUAAAGCUGUCUGCAGAGGCAUUGGGAAGACACAGGUGAUGUGGUGGAGGAUGUAAUGUCUGGUCUCUAGUGGCCGUAGCCAGCUAGGAAAUGAACACGGGGAAGAGUGAUGGCAUCACAUCAUUCAAAACGCAGAGCCUAAAUCAGAUGUUGAGAUCUCACUUUCUUUCUACCUUACUAUACACAUUAUUUUUUGUUUAUCUGUGAGGAAUAAUCAUUGUGCUGGCUUGCCCUUUUGCUGUUGUGGUUUGCAUUUUUAUUCUCCUCUCAUUUCUGAACAGAUAAGGGAAGAAACAACUGUGAAAAUAGAACACAAUGCACUGAGAUGGCAUACUUCACAUCAGCUAAUUUGAAGAUAUUGUGCGCCAUCAAAAUAAACUAAAAUAAGGAUAUGAUACCUUGCGCCAUGCCUUGACUAUUUGUUUUUUAAGACUGAGCUAUCAUGUCAGGGGCUCUAUGUGAAGAGUGAGAACAGUCAAGUUGGUACAAAUAUUUAGCCUUAAACGGUAAAAUAAAAAUGAAUUUGAAAUUGAAAGGAUUUAUAAUUUAUAUGCCUUCUCAAAGCAACUGCUGUGCAACUGGGGAGGAAAACCCAGAUGCUAAAACACAUUUCAAUGUAAUUAUGGAAUAUAUUCUUUAAAAUACAAGCAUAUUUUUCUGUAUUAUUUCCUGCUCUGGUUGUUCAUUGUGUGGCUGGCUGUGUGCACAGAUGGUGUUUCUAGAUUCCUUUGAAAUGUGUUUGAAAACAUGAUGCAUGGAUGGGGAUGAGGUGAGAGGAGAGAAGAGCAGAGGAAAAGAGAGGAAAGGAGAGGAGAGGGGAAGAGAGGAGGA